CGUGAGGUGGUCGGUCUGUCGUGUCAUUCAUAUGAUGAGUGAACCCUACCCUGUCUGUUGACGCGUUGACUGACUUACUUGAUGACCCGCACAAGGUGGGCAGGCAGCACACACACAUACGCAUCCAUCCAGCCACCACAUCGUCUGCGUGUCUCUCUGCGCAUAUCAAUGUGUGUGCAGACGAAGAAGUGCUUCUGCUGCGGUCAACCGGGCCAUGGCUGGCAGCAGUGCCCUAAGCUCACCGAGUUCGCUGCUGCUGCCAAAAACGUACACAAAGAUCGGACAUCCACACACACCCCGACGCACACACCCUUACAUGCCGGACAUGGCUAUCUGUGUGUGCAGGAUCCGCGUUUCUACAUCGUUCCAGCACCCGUGGUCGCCACCCACACUAAAGAGCUCAAGCCGACCGCACAGAAGAAGGUGCGCAGAUGGACACACACAUCACACAGUCACUCAUUCCACGCUUUGUGUGGGAAUGUGUGUGCAGGUCUGGGUGCCCAAGAUCCGCGCCAACUGCCCCCAGCUGCGCCGUGGGGACACAAGGGUGACAAGGGCCAAGACAUGUCGAUUCAUAGGCCUGCUCAUGUCUCAUCGUUUUGUAUUCGGUGUCCAGAUCGCUGUUUACAUUUUAUAUUCCGAUCGACGUCUUGUUCCCAUCCCCACAGCAGCAGCUGUGUCUCACGAGUAGGUGCUGACAUGCGAUGAUCGAAUGGCGCUGAUUCUUUCCUGUCUCUCUUUGCAGACCGCAUUCAAGCUGAUUAUUUUGCCCAGCGAUCCCAAAUAUCUUCAAGUGGAGGUUGUCCCAGGACUCCUUGUGCGGAUCGCUGGCUACGUUUUAUAUCGGUGGCCGUGUCUCCGUGGCUCGAUCUGCACUUUGGAUGGUACGAGUGAGACACUGCAGACACUGCUCAUAUGUCUCCAAUCUGUAUGUCGGUGCCGAAUUUCUAGCUAUACACACACACACCUUCACAGACCACACACAGUGUGUGUAUGUGUGUGUGUCAGAACGUGAUGAGGGCAUCAAGGUGCCGGCUCCAGUCAAGGCUGAGACGUCGGUAGCCAUCCACACACAGAGAGAGAGAGGACUGUAUGUGUAUCGGAGACAAGCCUGCUAUAUCAGGACCUGCUCAACCGCUUCGAUGAUGACGAAGUCUUUCAAGAAGAUCCUCUACAAGAGGACGACCAAGGUACGCAAUGACGGGGACUGCGGGAAAGGGACGAGGGAAUUGGAGGAAGGCACUUCGGGGGCUUGUGUUUUUCUGCCUCUGUCCGUGGCGCAGGACGUGGCUGCGGUACUCGAUGAGGACAUGCCCGAGCCGGUGAGUGGAGCGUGGAUGUAGGCCGCCUCACUCCUCAUCAGUGUGCAUUCGACGGAACAGGAGAUCAAGGUGAAGCGCAAGGAGCACUUGGACUGAUUCGAGAUGAUGCUAAGGGCGAUCAACGAGGAGCUUGACAGUCGAGAGGAGGCAGCCAAGGCGAUGAGGAGCCCAUCAAGGAAGAGCAGGAGGCCAUCAAAAACGCCAAAACCCGCCAGGUACUAAGCUAUGAUGCACCCGCUGUGAUGACUGCAGCACAAGGCGACGGCGUGCUAAGGCGACCAAGUUGCGAGAGGAAAAGGAAACGGAGAGGGUAUAAAACAAAACCUGUAGCUUGUCGCAUCUGAAAAGGUCAGUAGAACGAAGCCACUCAGCCGACUUAGUAACGCCUCUCUCUCUCUCUCUCUCUUUUCACGUGUGUGUGUGCAGCUGAGCAACCACUGGAACGUAAGUAUACACAUGAAGACGAUCAUUCAGGCAAGAGUGAUGGCACAAGCGAAGACCAAGACGGUCCGGCGAGUGGAGCAGGAACAGCGCAGACAGAAAAGCCACGAGCGAGAGGCAGGUGAGUUCGCCAAGGUGUGUGUGCAUUGCUGUCAUGCGUGCCCGAAUCGGUGAGUGGAGCGUGGAUGUGGGUUGCCUCACUCCUCAUUCGUGCAUUUUUUCGCAGACCGAAGAGGAGCUCAAGGAGCGCAAAGACCGCCGCAGGAAGCGUCACGAGGAGGACGUCGACCGGUUCGCCAAGCUGCUUGAGAAGAUCACUCAGCAGCUCGACGACAAGGAGGGAGAGGCAGCCAAGUCCAAGGCCAAGGACGCCGAGGAGUCGCGCAAGAAAACGAAAGCUCGACAGGUACUCGGGCGAAACAUACAUCGGCCAUUGCCGCGUACACGGAAGUGGAGCUAUGAUGCAUCUGCUGUCAUGAGUGCAGCGCAAGGCGACCCGCGUUAAGCGCGCGAAGGCGGCCCAACUGCGCGACGAACAUGAGACGGCACGGGUAUGAUUUAAGAAAAAGCGUGUCAAUUGUCGCAUCAGGAUGGAUGGUUUUUUGUGUGUAUGUCUGCGUCUGUGUGUGUGCAGCUGAUCCGUAUCCUCUCUGGCAAGCUCGAAGUCCGUCAGCGCAUCCAUCCCUCCCCCCCACACACAUCAACCACAUGGAUGGAUCUCUUCCGUGUGUGUGUGUGUGUAUCAGUCCGUUUGCUGAUGUUCGCCCCCGUAACUCUUUUCUUCGUAAGGCCUGUCCGUUUUCUCUCACCAUUACUAUGCCGGUCUCGUCUGUCAGUCGCUUGGUCCUUGAGCGUCGGGCGUUUUUCUGCGGCUGCACGAGUGCCCCACACAUGCUGCUGCGUGCGCGUCUCACUCCACUGAUCGGGGUAGGCAGGCAGGCAGAGAGACCAACACCACCACCACCACCGACCACAUAAGAUACGUACUCGUAUGCUACACUAGACAUCUCCUUUCAUCUCGUCUCUAUCCAGAUAUCGCGUGGAGAGAGCCUUGCGUGUCGCUACCUGUCCGUCGUCGGUCGAUCUUUGGCUUGACAUGUAGUGCUUGAUUGCAAGAGAGAUGGGUACACCUCCGUGUGUGGCGAGUGUGUGGCAUGUCUGCCUGUGGUCAGGGAGCCUUUCGUCUGUCUGUCUAGUCCACUCUUUCUGUCGGGCACCGGUUUGCGCGAGACAACAAAAGCCAGGACUCAGCCAGCUAAGGCGUUUUCGUGCGUGCGAGCGUGUCCGUAUCUCACACCACACCUGUGUGCAACUGCAACUGCUCGCUCUCACCGUCCUGUCUGUCUGACUCCACACACCUGUGCAAUAGGGACAGAAGUGACACAUGGGUUCCAUGGGAAUGAGACCUUCGCGUUAAUGGCCUUUCCCCACGCUGGGCUUUCUCUCAUGUCGCCAACUGCACUGGGGGAGUGCGAUGGCCUGCAUCGCGGGGUGAUGUGAGUCGUGUGGGGUCACUUCUGGCUGGCUGGCUGGCUGGCUGCAUGGAUGGAUGGAUGAACAGCCGGGCUGACGUUUCUUUUGUGUUGAUGCGUGGUGAGUCGGGCGGGGAGGGGGGGAUGGCAGACAGCGGCAUGGGUGAUCAAGUAUGAUUUGGUUCGGUGUGGUCUGUGCCGAUUGAUUGCAUUGCGUCGAUUUGUGUGGUUGUGCUGCCAGUGAUCCAUCCCGACUCCCACCCACUCAGUCAGCCUCCCUCUGGUGCAUGGCGGGGCGAGCCAGUGUUCCCUUUUAAGGGUCGCGUGUGUGUGUGGCUUUUGCCUGCUUUGCCCGCCCUUAUCUCAGUGGCGCGGCAGACAGACAGACAGACAGGCUGCACGUCAGGCAGUGUUGUGGUGAUGGAUGGCUGGGUGACCCGUGUCGCUUCAUGGAUAGGGGCGGGCAGCAGGGAGGCCGAGAGAGAGACCCUACGCCCACCCACACACAUGCCAUCGCCCCGCCCCUGUCACGUGUCGUCGUGUCUGGUCGUUUUCGACAAGCAGUCAGCCCACACACACACACAAACUCAUGGAUGGCAAUGAUGGAUGGAUCAUGUCUGUGCGUGUGGGGGCACACAAGCAUCCUGUCUGUGCGUGUGGGGGGACACAAGGGUGGGACACCGACGAUUUUUCUGUGCAAUAUGGGACACAGGACUGACUGAGAGCGUUUAAUGGCUUGCCAGUCCCUUGCGGGUGUGUGGGUGCAUGCAUGGGAGGGAGAGAGUGUGGGAGGAAUGCUGAUAUGAGAGUGAGGGCGAUGGAGGAGUGUGGUGUGCGGUAUAUCAUCGCUGUCUACAUCUUAUAUUCCGUGGGUGAGUGGUUUGUCAAUGGAUGGACCGGAUCGUGCUCAAAUGAUAAACCCAGUAUGUCAGCCUAUAGCAAAGUUGAACCCACCACACCAAUGGUAGCCAUCGCCAGCACACAAAAAGAAACGGCAGCUCUCUCUACUUCACUCAUCUGAUCUAACAGAGCCUUGCGCACACUGCGCUUUCUGAGUCAGACUGAGUGUCAUCCAAAGCCCCACAUCAGCUGUCGUUGAUGUGGGGCCAAUCAGUUGACGGCAGCCGAGCUUGGUGAAUCAGCAGCUAGCAGCAGCGCCAUGCCGCUGAUAGCGAUAGUCAGAGCCGCUGGACGCUGAUUGGCGGGCUGGUGUGGAGGGCCUCAUGAGCCAACACAGCUAUCGUCUGCGCCGAAAAGACUGCAACCAUCACACACACACGGACAUUUGUUCAUCGCUGACCUGACCAGUCCUGUUGCCGCAGUAGAGCGCUCCAGUCACCCUCUCUUGUUCCACAUCGCUGCUGCUCCGUCAGCCGCUGACCAGCCACGUCAUCACAGCCAAUCCCCAGCCGUGUCUGCGUCGUCGAGCCACGUCCAUGCACAAUCCGAGAGAGAGAUCACUGGUCGAAUCUCUCCGCCAAUGAAUGUCAUUCCCUGUGCAUCCAAUCAGUGAUGGAAUCUUUGCCCACCGAGUAGAGCUGACGGGAUCUGGAGGGUGCAUGAGCCUGCUGGGGGGCAGAGAAAGGCGAAGAUCUAAACAAUCGACAGCAUUGGCUCGUGCUCCCGUGAAUUACCAUCUAUCCCCCCUUCCCUCUUCCCCCCUCGGCUCGUCUGCGCGCUUGGCUUGCACACGAGCACGUUUUUUUCCCCUCCUCCACGCCUCCCUCCCCUCUCCAGGCGUGUUCUCGCCCAACGCGAACGCGAGCGCAAACGCGAACGCGAACCCGAACCCGAGCCCCGCCCGCCCAGGAGCUCGCCUAACGUCGAGCUCGCUGUCAGAGAGGCUGCUUCAGAGAAAGCGAUUCCCCCCGCUCCUGCCUUCCAGAAGAUGCCGCGUGGUCGUCACCUCUCGAUUCGCACGAGAUCUGGCUCACUUGAUCCGUUGCUCAUGCUGCCCAGAUUUGCAUCCAUCUGAUGGCUUCUCGUGACCUUCUGACCACAUCGGCGCAUCAGCGGUGGUCACUUUACUGCCGAGAUCAUCAGACGGCCUUCAGCUGCUGCCUCGGCAGUCACCAUCUAUCCAGCCUUGUUUGCCGUGACGCCACGGCGAACUUGAGGGCUUGAGGACUUCACGCGUCGUGACGGCCAUCGAGUGAGGCAGCUCUAAGCCCAAGGCAGAGGGCGGAUGUGGCUUCAAUUCAUCCGCGUGGCCUUAGACCAGAGGUGAGAAGGCAGAGCACAGUGUGACAUCCGUUCUGGUGCGUGUCAGGGCGCAGCAGGCUGUCGUGCCGCUUUGAUUGCCUCAUUCGUCGCCAUGGUCUUCGGCACCAGCGUGAAUGUGUGCGCAGCUGCCCUGAUGACCUGCUCGAUCGUCUGCAGAAUCAAGAGUGUGUGGAUGGACGGCAUUGGCAUUGAUAGAUCACUGCGGGACACUCGUCUGAUGAUUUCAUGCACUCGUGGAUGGAUGGCUGGAUGGUGCGUGGACGGAUGCUGCUAUGGGACUUGGUCAAUACAUGGA